AUGUGUGUUUGUUUAAAGGUAAUAAAAGAAUACGAACGAGUUGUAAUAUUUCGAAUCGGUCGGUUGGUUUUUGGUGGUGCACGAGGACCGGGCAUGAUAUUUGUCAUACCUUGCAUUGAUACGUAUAGGAAAAUUGAUCUUAGGGUCGUCUCAUACGCAGUACCCCCUCAAGAAAUCCUCUCAAAAGAUUCGGUAACUGUCUCAGUCGAUGCAGUUGUCUACUUCCGAACAUCAGAUCCGAUUGCAUCUGUCAACAACGUUGAUGAUGCGAUCUACUCCACCAAACUGCUUGCACAGACCACUCUCCGAAAUGCACUCGGUUAG